CCUGUGCAUGUAUACUAGUAAACUUCUUAUCAUUUUGUAUUUCGACUAGUUUCAGUGUCAUCAUGAUAUUGACCAACGUGGUUUGUGCCAGAACACGCAUUGAGUGAUUCAAGUCCUGCACGACUCCUUUGGAAGCCACUGGAUCUUUGAUUAGAAACUGAACUGUAGCUCCGACCAAAACUGCCGCCUGGUCUUUUGUGAGAAUCUGCAAAGAAUUAGAACUAGAUUUGUUUCUGUGAUUUUUUCAAGAUGAGUUUGGAAAAGCGUUCAUUUCUACCUAAAUGUUUGAAGGAGUAUAUUGAAUCCAAGGGUUGAUGUAGUGUGGUCAUACAAGGGCCAGGUGAUGGUGGUGGUAAUGAUGAUGGUGAUGGUACUGGUGUUGGUAAUGGUACUGAUGAUGGCGAUGGUACUGGUGUUGGUAAUGAUGGUGAUGGUACUGGUGUUGGUAAUGAUGGUGAUGGUGGUGGUGAUGGUACUAAUGAUGGUGAUGGUACUGAUGAUCUGGUGAUGGUACUGAUGUUGGUGCUGCUGAUGGUACUGAUAAUGGUGAUAGUAAUGAUGAUGGUACUGAUGUUGGUGAUCAGUACCGAGGUGUUGGUGAUGCUGAUUAAGAUGAUGAUGAUGAUAGUGGUGGUGGUAAUGAUGAUGGGGACAAUGUGAUGAUGAUUUCAUGUUGAUGAUGAUGUUGGUAGUUACUAAAUUUAACUUGAAUAGGUUACCUUUUGUGGUGGUACAUUAAAAGCUUUCACCCUCAUAUCCACUCUGUCCCACUUAUCAAUGCACGGCAAAAUGAAUAUUACUCCUGCCCGUAACAAAAUGGAAAAAAAUCAUAAAGACUUUACACUUGACCAAAUUAAUUACUAGUCCUCGAAGUAUGUUUAUUGCUUAGCUAACUGACCUGGCUGUUUCACAGGUUGCAACCGACCAAGCCGAAAUAUAACAGCCCUCUCAUAGUCUUGGAUUAUCUACAAAUAGAAUUAGUGUGUUAAAAUACUGGAUCUAGGCUCAAGUUAUUUUCAUAAUGUAGUAUAUGCCAUGCAAGGGAUUGAACUUAGUUGGCUGGGGGUUAAUUCAGUUACUUCAAAAGUGCAGGAUCAACCACAAUGCAAUGCAUAUGUUUGUUUAUGUUUCUGUUUUGUUGUGGGCCAGAGACAACCAUUUUCGUGGCUUCGAAAAUGGUGGUAACUAUUGAAGAAAGUAACUGAAAAACGUAAACAAAAACGCGCAUUGCAUUGUGGUUGAUCAUGUCCUUUUAUAAAAGCCACCACGUCUUACCCUGACAUGCGCAGACGUUAAGAGCGCUUGCAUACCCUCCCUUAAUCACAACACACGACAGCUACAACGUGUAUAAAUACAAUAAUUCGACCAUUUAUAAUUGGCUUCCCUUCGUUGAAGGAUAAGCGCAUUUAAAUCUGUCCAGUGGUCGAAAGACUACAACGUAGGGUUGCCAUAAUUCCACACAAUGAGCUUCGAAACGCAGUCGCCUCUGCGAUUUUUUUCUUGCUUUUUACCCCCAAAAUAAAUCCCCCAAUCGUGAUAGAAUAACGCCUUACCUUGACACAACAAAACACAGAUACAGGAAGCGUCAGAAUUGCAAAAACAUAUGCAAUAAAAGUUAUAAUCCAUCCAAUAACAUCAACCGUUUUAUUCGCCGAUAUACGUUCUGUUGAAAACAAAAUAAUUUAAUAUUAAUUUGUUUGUGACAGCAAAAUAUUGUCCGUGUGUCGCUUUAAAAUGAAUUUAAAAAGAUGAUAGCAAUCACUUCAGUCUACCUGUAUGCAAAGAAUCGUUAGAAUAUAAUCCUAAUCGGUCUUGUCUUCCUAAAAAACUAUAUUUUGUUGCCAUUUUCCCAAAAAUUUUGCCAAUAGUUUGUAAUUUUCUUUUGUUUACAUUUAUGUCAAAGCGUCUUGAAAGUACCUGGUGCUUCCAUUUAAAUUAGCGAUAUUUCAGUCCAUAUUUCCCAGUGAUAUUUCCUUAUGAUUCCAUUGAUUGAUUAUCGAUUUAUGGCAUGAUUUAUUGAUGAUAUCUGCGACAAAAUUCUCGGUGAAACUUUUCCCUAUUUUACCAGAAAUUUAUUUCGUUCAAAAUUCAAAAUGGCGGCCGCAAUGAUGCAAAGAACAUAUUGUGUUUUGCGAUCUUUUCGCUCGCCUGGAAAGGCUCUGCUUUUUCGUAGCAAAACAAAAUCAGCGAGAAAGAAAGCGCAAACCAUUGAAAGUCCAAAAGAUUUUGUUUAUUUCUUACAUAAUCAUGUCGUGCCUUUGCAUUCGUUUGAAGAAGCGAUUGAAAAGUUGAAAGUGUAUUCUAUUGAGGAGAAUAAAGAACCUGAACAGACCGUUACAAUGUGUAUGAAAUGUCAAGGGUUAAAUAAAGUAAGUUGAAGGAUGGUGUAACCGAAAUAGUACAAAUAUUUUGACACAACUGUACAAAUUUUUAUGUAAAGACACAGCUGAGGUGACAGCAAGUAGUUUUCCCUUGCCAUUAUAAAUAACCCAAGCAUUCAACAACAUUUGUUUUUUGUCUAAAACAUGGAAUUUAAUACAAUUUGUAACAAGCAACUUUAUUAGAUUAUGAAGUGCGACUUAUUUCAAUUACUCAAAAUAUGUCACACUUCAUUGAAUCCCAGGUAAACAGGACCAUACCUGACUGGAAAGUUUGGAAAUUGCACACCAGAGAUUUCAAAAAUUUAAUAGUAAUUAAUCAAAAGUAUGUGCCACAGAUAUCCGCUGCGCAAUACAAACUUUCCACACUGGGGACCAUAUAAACAGCCCCUAAAAUAAUGAAGUAGGAUGCAUUCAAACUUAAUGGGUUAACCUGUUUUUAUAGGAGAUUCCUUCAUUUCGUGGAACUCUUAUGUUGCCCAAACCAUUUGGUGUUACAAAGAAAGUUCUCGUGUUUGCUGAGGUAUGAGAAGUUGUGAACAUACUGUAUACACCCUUUGAUAGACACCCCCCGCCUGAUAUGACACAGACGGUUUUAAAAUGUUCAACAUUGUAUAUGUGUUCAGUUGUGUGUUGAUAAUGUUUCAAUGUUUAAUAUUCAGGGUGAUGAAGCCAUGGCUGCAAAGGAUGCUGGGGCAGAAAUUGUCGGUGGUGAAGAACUGUUUUCGCAAGUAUGUGAAGAUAUUUUAAACACAAGUGCAUAUGCAUAAUCUGGGAAUAAUUGUCAACAUUGUUAUAGGCAGUUUUGUCUAAAACCAUAGUUCCCAAAUUCAUUUUUAGGUUGAAAACAGUGAACUGGAGUUUGACCAUUGUUUAGCAUCACUGGAUAUGGCAGAUAAAAUUAAACAUUUACAGAAAGUUUUAAGAGAAAAAAUGCCCCAUACCAGACGAGGUAAAAACUUCUCAAUCAAUGACAACCAUACAAUAGUUAAUUCCAAAGAACAUGGUCUUAUUGAAACUAGAGAAAGAUUGUUCAUUCACAAAGUGAUCUGUUCAAAUGAACUACGGUAGCUAUAAUAGGGUGAUCUACCCUAGCAAUGGUUCUGGAAAACAAGACCUUGUCUGAUAUUCUCUCUGAUUGUUCAUAUCUAAUGCUGUAUUUCACACACAUGGCUAAUUUUGUUUGCCAGGAAGCGUCACCGAUGACUUGGCGACUGCAAUACAAACAUUCAAACAUACACGGGUGUAUAAAACAGACAAAUAUGGCUAUGUUAACACAGCUAUAGGCAUGGUGAGUAGCUUGUAAACACCAGUAUUUAUUGGUGGGGUUAUUGGUAGUAAGCAUUGCAGCAUAUCUUUCUAUUUUAGCUUGAUUUUUCUCUGGAAGAUCUUCAUCGAAAUGCAGAUGUGGUCAUUGAUGCAGUUCAAAACCAUCGUAAAACUAAUAAAGGUAAAAUUCAUCAAAAAGAAAAAUUGUACUUCCAUUUGCAUAAGACACAAAUAAGUUAAAACAUGCAAUGACUCAAUGAAAAUAUUUAUUCUGAUUGCUGGAUUGUGACUUCAUGGUACAUACUAUAUGUUAGUGUUGUACAAAAGGACGUACCAUUUGGACAUUCUAAUAAUGCUUGUGUUAUUUCUCUACAGGAGAGUUCAUACGAAAGAUAAGUGUGACCUCAACGCGUGGACCUGGAUUUAGACUCUACCAUGAAGAACUUGUCCCAUCACUGAAACUUAGAGCAAAAAGUUGAUGAUCACAAACUAUAUAAUAUUGAGAAUAUAGUUAAAAAAUAUUUUAUAUUUUAUAAAUUAUAGAAGUAGAUCGACACUUUCCAAAAUACUUAAACAAUAAACCAGCUUCCGGAAAGUAUUUCAGUAACAGUUUGGCUAUUCUUGGGUUUCACUACGGCAUGUCAACUUCAAAUGUAUCAAUGCUUUGUACUGGAGUGAGAAAAUGAUAUGAAAUUCCACAUAUUUUGGUAUUUGCCACCAAACACAAGGCUGAUACAUAAAACGAACAAUCGACUCACUCUGAUAACUGUGUUUUGUUUUAGAGUUGACCCCCCAUCACUUUUGUGACGUCAUAUGAAACCCAAGAAUAGAGCCUCGUUUUUGUGUAUGUGACAUCAGCUAAAGCCCAACAUCUCAAUCACGAAAAUGAGGCAUUGUAGUCAAAGUCACAUGGAACUGAUGGAAGCAUGUAUUGGCCUGCAUGAACUUGAGGCCGAAUGUUUUUGUUGGGGGAUGGGGGGGGUUAAGCAUGGGAGGUUGCCACGCUCCUCCGCAGAGGCUUCUGUUGGCUAUGAUUAUGAUUGGUACUGAGAUACAUUUCACUACACUUUACAUGGCGGAUCUUGGAACACAAGCGGAGCGCAGGGGGUUGCAUUGUAUUCUGCCCACCUCUGCUGCCCACCAGAGUUCAUUCAGGGUCACUCAUGCAUGACUCUUCCAUGAAAUGAAUUUUUUUAUCUGCUAAGUGGAAACACGAAAGUCUACGAAACGUUUUUCAAUCCCCCCUGAAAUUUUAUAAAAUAAUAUUUAUUUCAGGGGGGUGGGGAUGAUCAUUGAUAAACUCAUGAUCAUGAUCAACCUUUAGCUCGAGUUUCGAAACUUCCUCGUGAUUUCCUGCACUUUGACCCGAGAUUUUGGCAAACAAUCAAAGACCUCAAACAAAUAUUGCGCGAUACACUUCAAACUAUUUCAUAACUGCUUUGUGGAAAACAUUUACGACCGUUCCCGGCUUAAAAUUUACACCGUUUGCUUCACAGUUUAAAUUGCUAAAAAGGUAAGUUUGUGGUCGAGUUGUUUAUACAAUAAGUCUGAAAUCUCGGCGUGAACUUUCGCAGAGUGUAUGCAAAUUGUAAUUAUUACAUGUGUGUAACGUAGUAUUAAGUGGUCUGUAAAUUUUAUAUUAUAGCGUCUAGAGAUGCUUGAUUAUUAGCCUUCAAUUGUGCACAUAAAGAAACUCAAAAUGCUUAGCUUUGAAUUGUAAAAACACUGGCAACAAGAGCGCGUGGAAAGCCUUCAUUCAGAACUUUAAAUUUGAGUUUAGUGACAUUUGUACAAACGCAAAUUGCAAGUUAAAAUUGUUUUGUUUGGACUUGUAGCAGCUUGUUUUGCUGCCUUUUGUCGAAUGUACGUAUUUCGUAACUCGUGUAUAAACAAACUUAAAAUGAUCAUAUUGACAUGAAUAUCAAAUAGUGUUUUGUGUCUUUUGUUUUUUUAAACCGCAGACGUCGG